UGAGCGGGGCCCGGCGCCGUGCCGGGCCGUGCCCUCGCCGGCGGCGCCAUGGCCGCCAGCGCCAAGCGGAAGCAGGAGGAGAAGCACCUGAAGCUGCUGCGGGAGAUGAGCAGCCUCCCGCCCAACCGCAAGUGCUUCGACUGCGACCAGCGCGGCCCCACCUACACCGACAUGACGGUGGGCAGCUUCGUGUGCACCUCCUGCUCCGGCAUCCUACGGGGCUUGAAUCCACCCCACAGAGUGAAAUCAAUUUCAAUGACUACUUUCACACAACAGGAAAUAGAAUUUCUGCAGAAACAUGGAAAUGAAGUGUGCAAACAGAUUUGGCUAGGACUAUUUGAUGACAGAUCAUCAGCAAUUCCAGACUUCAGGGAUCCACAGAAAGUAAAGGAAUUUCUACGGGAAAAAUAUGAAAAGAAAAGAUGGUACGUUCCUCCAGAACAAGCAAAGGUUGUGGCAUCAGUCCAUGCAUCCAUAUCGGGGUCUUCUGCUAGUAGUACAAGCAGCACACCUGAGGUGAAGCCACUUAAAUCUCUUUUGGGAGAAGCUGCACCAGCGCUGCACUUAAACAAGGGCACACCUAGUCAAUCUCCUGUUGUAGUUCGAUCUCAAGGACAGCAGCAACAAGAAAAGAAACAAUUUGAUCUCCUCAGUGACCUUGGCUCAGAUAUCUUUGCUGCUCCUGCUCCUCAUUCAACUGCUACAGCGAAUUUUGCUAACUUUGCACACUUCAACAGUCAUACAGCGCAGAACUCUGCACAUGCAGGUUUUGCAAACUUUGAUGCAUUUGGACAGUCUAGUGGCUCGAGUAAUUUUGGCGGUUUCCCCACAGCAAGUCAGUCUCCUUUUCAGCCCCAAAAUACAGGUGGAAGUGCUGGAUCAGUGAAUGCUAAUUUUGCUCACUUUGAUAACUUCCCCAAGUCCUCCAGUGCUGAUUUUGGAGCCUUCAGUGCUUCUCAGAGCAACACAACAGCAGCUGCAGCCAGUAAAGCUGCAGUGAGUAAACCAAAUCUCCAGUCAGCAGACAAAUAUGCUGCUCUUGCAAAUUUAGAUAAUAUCUUCAGUACAGGGCAAGGUGGCAGUGAGCAAGGAAGUGGCUUCAGCACUGUAGUCACAGCAUCAGCAGGUCCUGCUUUGUCAGCCCCAAGUCAGUCAAGUGCAUCUUCAGACAAGUAUGCGGCUUUAGCAGAAUUAGACAGCGUGUUCAGCUCCACAGCAACUUCUAGUAAUGCAUAUACUUCCACCAGUAAUGUUAGCAGCAAUGCUUUUGGAACAGUACCUGUGGCUGCUACUGCACAGACACAGCCUGCAUCUUCGAGUGUGCCUGCUCCAUUUGGAGCAACACCUUCCACAAAUCCAUUUGUAGCGGCCCCUGUUGCCCCAGUGGCACCUUCAACAAAUCCAUUCCAAACAAAUAGCCGAGGAGCAACAGGCCUCUCGGGAGCAAUGCACUCUCACAUAUUUCCUCAGGCUCAUUUUGCAGCAACGUUUGGCACUGCAUCCAUGAGCAUGCCUGCAGGAUUUGGAACUCCUGCCUCCUACAGUCUUCCUACUAGUUUUAGUGGCAACUUCCAGCAGCCCACGUUCCCAGCCCAGGCAGCUUUCCCUCAACAGACUGCUUUUGCUCAGCAACCAAAUGGAGCAAGUUUUGCUGCAUUUGGACAGGCAAAGCCUGUAGUAACUCCUUUUGGACAAGUCACAGCUGUUGGAGUAUCUAGUAACCCUUUUAUGGCUGGUGCACCAACAGGACAAUUUCCAACAGGAAGCUCAUCAACCAAUCCUUUCUUAUAGCCUUAUAGACACUUUACCCAAAAGAACUCUUAUGUGGUCACAUAACAUCUCUGCGCCUCUUGCACUGUUGUCUUGUUUCACUGAUAUUAGCUUUAAACACACACAAAAAAAAAGUCUUUAAGAAGUAAAAGUAAAAGCCUGCAUUGUGUACCUUAGGAAGAAAAACAAAAACACCCCCUACCCCCCACCAGGUAAUAAUGUGCAAAACAGAGGGCUUUGGUAACAUCCUUGAACCUGUGAAUUGGCAGGUAAAAAGUAGCGGUAUCAUGUAUAUUAAAAUUGGCUAAUAAGUUAUUGCAGAUACCACAUUCAUUAUGCUGCAGUACUGUACAUAUUUUUUUCUUAGAAAAUAGCUAUUUGUGCAUAUCAGUAUUUGUAACUUUAACACAUUGUUAUGUGAAAAAUGUUACUGGGAAAUAGAUCAGCCACUUUAAGGUGCUGUUGUAUCUCUUGGAAUGAAUGAGCUACAUCAUUUUAACCAUUGGUAUUGGAAGUCAUGAAGUUGAAUUGAAGGUUUGUUCAUUUCUCAAUGUUUUCCUUUCCUAAGAGCUCUUCUAUUUAUACAUGCCUAAAUCUCUAAUGUUAGAGGGAUACCUGUCUGCAUAAUAAAGCUGAUCAUGUUUUGCUACAGUUUGCAGGUGAAAAAAAUAAAUAUUAGAAAAAACAA